AUGUUGUCAUCUACGAGACGGCCCUGGCCCACGAUAGCCCUCGCCUUCACAAUAGUCUGUCUAUUGUUCAUCUGGGCGUCUUCCCAUCGGGCAGAGGCCCCUCGGCCGGGGCCCAAGGUUGAAUUCGAACCUUCGCAUGCUGCACCGCCGGGGCCUGUUCCUCAGCGUGAACCAACACCGGAAUCUGUGCCUGGAUCCAAGUAUCAGCAUGAACAGGAUCUCGAAUCGAAAGCCCGGCCUCAAAUCACAUUUGUUCCCGAAGCCGAAGCCGCAUCGGCACCCGCACCGGAACCCAAGCAGGUGGUGGAAGCGAGCGUCAAUCCCGCCGGCAACGCAACGUUGGGAUUUCAAAAGAUUUACUACAUUAGCAUGCCACAUCGCCUCGAUCGUCAAGAUGCAAUUUCUCUAAUCAGUUCUUUCACGGGGCUGUCGACCACGCUAGAACCCGGGGUCAAUGGCAGUCUCAUUCAAGAAAAAGCCAAACCCGACGGCAGCGCCAUCCUUCGUCCGGAACAACUGGGAUGCUGGCGUGCGCACGCCAAUGUCUGGAAACGUAUGUUGGACGACAAUAUCGAAUCGGCCGUGGUAAUUGAGGAUGACGUGGAUUGGGAUGUCCACGUUCGAGACAUCUUCACCGAGCUAAGCGCACAGCUGGCUGAACAGACAAUCUUUCCGGAUCUGUCUCAUACUGUCAACUCCUCGGCAGAUCCUUACGGCGACGGCUGGGAUCUGCUUUAUAUUGGCUCUGCCUGGGACAUUCCCAAUACAGACCAUCGCCCUACGCACCUCCUCUAUCGUGACCCCUUCGCACCCACCCGUGAGAACACCGCCAGCGCCUAUAUCAGCGAGCUCGAAGGCUGGGGUGUCAACGUGACCAGCACCUCUCGUCAUCGUCUCAUCUCUCCAUCCUGGUAUCCGGUGUCCACCAUCGGAUACGCGGUCUCGAGAAGAGGUGCUCAGAAACUUCUGUACAAUUUGGGCGGGUACCAGGGAUUGACUGCGCCGGUGGACUUGGCCAUAAUCGGUCUGAUUCAGAAGGGCAUCGUGAAUUCAUACACCAUCAUCCCGCCGAUUGUGACCCGGUACAAGACAGGCGGUACUCGUGAUAGUGAUAUUGACGAUAAGAAGCCGGAAGAUGCGAACGGCGGGACUGGAUCUGAGAACCUGAAUAUGAGUGCUCGAAAGGCGUUGGAUGUUUUGCGCGGAGGGGUGUAUAAGUUGCCUUGA